GUUAAACCAGUUGUUAUUCAUUUCAAGUAUAUGGUAAGCUUCUGUUUCUAUUUUUGAGGUUUGUGGAGUGAUUCUGCACAUGGGCAGUAGAGUCUCCACCUCCCCUAUAAGGCAGUCAUUGCUCCCUGCACACCCCACCCCAGGGAUCACACAACACUGCUCCUGAGCAGGCAGUCAAAAGCCCAAAAUCAAAAGCCAAAUCCGUAUAAACCAUUUGUAGGGUAAGAAAUUCAAAGUGAGUGAAAUUUCAAGUGAGUCUCCAGGCCCACCCAUGGGGAGCUGCCAAGGUUUGAUCCUGCACGUUUCGCCUGAGCUCUGUUGUUAGAGAGGCCAAAGGGCCAAGCAGCAGGGGCAGCUUCCCUUUUCCAUCAGACAUUGGGUCAAAAAUAUCCUCAUUUCUAACAAAUGAGGAGUCAGAUAAGACAGUGGUGGUGGUCUGGUUUUGCUGGGAGAUUUUUCUCUUUAAUAUAGCUUAUAUUAGGGUUUCAAAACACACUUUAUUCAACCACAAUCCAAUUUCUGAAGUCCUAAGCCACAAUCAAUAUAAUUAUCCAGUUGAGAAGAAAAACCAUUUAGCAGUGCUGCAGUGAGUGUAUGCCAGGUAUCAAUUCUCCAGGUGACAGGCUGGUGUGAAAUAUCUGGAUGAACAGCCUUGAAUCUAAAACAUCAAGUCCACUCUACAGCAGAAAUAAAAAAUGGGGGGGAGGGAGUUAGGAUGUUGUAAUGUCAUUAUAGGGUAAUGAAUUAUUGAAGAUUUGUCACCGCCAUGAUCAAGUUAUUUGAUUCUCAUCACAAAAGGUAACUGAAAAGUGACUGGAGCUAAACCCAGGAGCUUGUUGUGACACUGCCAAACCUGCAGCAGCCCUAGCACUGGCCCCCUCUUGGCUCUACAUUCAAAAAUCAAAGCUGAAGGCUCUAAAUAAAGUGAAGAUUAAUGGACUGAUUUACCCAACACUUUGCUGCUGCCCUGCUCAGGGGAUAUGACAGACAAGACUCCCUGAGCAAUGGCUCUGCCCUGGCAUGCUGGUGGCAGCAGGCAGGGCUGGCACCUCUGGGGGACAGGGGGACAGUGACCCCAGAAGCUGCCACCAUGCACUACCCCAGCCACAAGCUGCUCCAAAACACCAACUUGCAGCAGCAGCUGCUUCACCCUCUGUUUACUCAUGGCAACGUGACCAUUUUACUGAACCCACAGCACCCUCCCCACACACUGGGUUUUUUUCCCAGGAAUAUGUUUGGAUCUAAGAUAUAUGCUCAUCUAUUAUGCAGAAAGCCAAACAUUCAGCUGUUCCGAGAAGUGCCAUUUUACUUCUCCCUGGGUGCUCCCACAUUACCAUUUUAACAAGAAGCAGGAGCAGGGAUUUGAGGCGAUACCACCCAUCAAUUCCACUUUGCUGUCCCUGGCUUCACACCCUACAGCCUUGGUGCACAGCACCAGAUGCCUUUUGGAUGAGAGGAAAACCAAGAGAUGGCCUCCACUAAUGGACAACUACGCAAAACAUCCCAACAAAGUGCAUUAAAGCCUGAGCAGCACUGAUUUCUCACUGCUGAUCUGUUCCUACGAAACUACACCACGUCCUAGCACAGCAAGAGCUGUAGAAUCCAACCCCACUAGAUUUUAGGAAGGCAGCUCCAGUUUAUUUCCACCUUGCUGGCAUGCAGAAGUUUUAGUACAGAAGCUUGUCAAGAGCAUGACCAGAAUUUAUUUCAGAAGGCUGCAGGAUAAAACUAAUUUAGCUCUGGUGUUUUAGCACAUGGAGUCACUAAUUGGAAUCCUUUGUUAGGGAUGAGUGGAGGCAGAGCAGGACAGACCCAGGACAUCUCAGUGGAUACACACACCCUGCUGCCACUGACAUCUUAAACCAUCACAGCCAAUUCCAACCAAGGUCCUGGAGACAACAAUGUCAAGUUUUGCCCAGCUGAAGUUUCCUGACCUUUUUUUCCUCCUGCAUAAUAAACACUGUGGUGCCAAACAAACCCCAUUAAGACCUGGUGGAACACAUGAAGACCUGCACAGCCCAUGGCAGCACAAACCCUUUGGGCACAGAAACAUGCUGAGGAUCGGCCCUGACCACAGCACUGUCACUUUAUCCAGGCUGCCACACAAGUAGGGAAUUUUACCCAUUCGUUCCCCCCUACAGUUCAAAAGUCCUGUUUGAGCUGGACUCCCUCUCUCAACUAAUAAAUUGUGUUUUAAAGGCUCCAAGUGCCAGUUUAGCUCUUCUGGGUAAUUUGUUCCACUAACCAAUUAGCCUGACCAUUAAAAACUGGUCCUCAUGACUAGUGUGAACCUUCACUGAGGAGCCAGCUAAUGACCUGGCAGCACAAGGCAGCCCAGGGAGCAGCUCCUGCUAUCCACAGAAUUAGGAGGACUCACAAGAGUGAAGCCCAAAUAUUCAGAUUUCUAAUAGGAUUUUUAGAUAUUCAGCACAAAACUCUGCUGAGGGAAUCACAAACCCUGCAGCCAGCGAGCAGCUAAUAGAUUCAGUAGAUUUAAUAGGGUCAUGAUGACCAUGUCAAUCAUUCUGCAGUAUGAUAUCCCAACUCUGACCAGUAUCAUGGAUAAUAAAUUUAGCCACGGUGCAAAUUUACUUUAAAUUAAAUCAGAUCUUUAUCAAAGAGAAUAGAAUUGAUGUUAAAAAUUGCUCAUUACCCCCACUCCCUACAUCUCUGCUCUUCCCCCACCAUUGCUGCCCCACUUGCAGAGCACCAUGAGCAUUCCCUGUCAUAUCCCUACAGUCUCAGCUCACACCACCAUCCCCAGAGGGGACUCUUAAUGCUCAAAGCAAAGAAAGGGGAUUUGCACACAGGGAGGGGAGCAGAAUCCCCAUUUCUGUCACAAAGCCUUCCCGCUGUAGGUGUGCCAUCUGACUUCAGACAAGCAAAAGACAGACCCAAGCUUUUCCUAUAGCUAUGGAGGUUAAAAUCUUAAUCCUGACUGAUUUAUAGAGGUACAACAGCAUGGCGGUGGCAGUGCAUUCCACCAGGAUCAACAGAGCAUGUCCUAUAACCAGCUACCCAAAGAUAUGUUUUUGUAGCUAAAUAUCACAAACAUCUGCUGUUAAUCUUAAAGGCUCAUCAUCAGUUUGAGUUAAGCUGAGCCCACAGAGGUAUUGAGGGAGACAGUACCUCCUGCUCAGCACCACCUCACACCAUCCCUGCAGAGCUCACCAUGCCUCCUCCCCAAAUCAGCACCCAGAUGUAAGCCAGAUACGCCACUGCUGAGAGCCACCACUGUCCCACCUCCACCCCCCACACAACCACCAAAAAGGAUGGUUGGCAGAGAGCUUUCUGCUUCAGGUGUCUGGGAAUUGACUCCUGGGCUGUCAGUACAAUAGGUAGCAUCCUGGUUAAUGAUGGGGGCUGAAUAAGUUACAAGUGAGUGCUUGGCACACCUUCCUGUGGGCAGGCAGCGUGUCACGGUGUGUCACUGUGUGUCACGGUGCCACCUCUGAACUCCGCUGCCAGGGGACACCAGACAUCAGUGCUCGGGUGCAUUUUGCCCCACACUUGUUUUGCCUUGCCACCCAGCCUAAUUCCGUGUCUAGAGGAUAACCAUGCACAGCCCUCCAUCACUGUGACAGCAGGGCUGCCAAGCAAUUCCAGCUAGAACAGGGCUGAUUCAGGGCCAGGCAUGUGAGCACUGAGGCGUGACCCACAUGAAUUCCAGCAGUGUUUUCACAUCCAAGUGCAGGAAGCAGGACUGUGCCCUGGUUUGCUGCAGGAAAGAGUCUCCCACAGCCAGCCACAGCUCAGCACAGCAAAUGGGCUGCAUGGCAUCGUCCACGCUUCAGAAUCUGAGCGACGAUAAAGCUGCCUGCACUGUCCCCCUGCCCAGCUGGCCAUGCCACAGCACUGCCACCCUGACAUCCCUCCCCACAGCCAGGCUGCACCACGGAGAGGGGAAGGGUGGCUCCUGCACUCACUCUGGUACAAGGAGGAAUUACAACCUGUGCCAGGUGCAGAGAGCUGCCAGACAGGGAGGUGACAGCCACCAUGCCAGCCAUCAUGCUAUGCCACACGUGCCCUUUGCUCCCAUGAAGACAAGGACACCCAACCUUCAAUGCCCAUCCCUCCCACUGCCCUGCCCCAAAGGACUCCACAGCUGGCCUGAAGCCCUGGGCACAUCUCUGCUGCUGGGUCACCUCCAACAUGCCUUUGUCCCGUGUGUCCCCUCCUGGGGCUCAGUGCUUCCACGGCAGCAAAUCCAAGUGACGGAGUGUGCAAGGUGACACUCCAGCCACAUGUCCCUGCUCACCUCCUGCCUCACAGCCCUGUGACACAGCACAAACACAACCUUCUGGCCAAAAAGCAGCAAAUCCUCCCACGGUCCCUGAGGUGCUAACGCCCAGCAACAAUUCCCACGGCCACUCCUGCAGGCAGAAGGGUGAGCUGACUGCUGUGCAGUGCCACACACGGGCUGCCUGUCCCACCUGCUCCAGUCUCACCUGCAGCUCCAGGGCUUGCACCCUCCAGGCCCCCAGCACAGCAAAGUCAUGCAGCCCCCACAUCUCCAUCCAGUAAAAUUAGCUUGUAUGUUGUUCUUAAAACACUAGAAAGGCUUCCACAAGAUGUCAGCCUAACUAAAUGACAACGCUCGCCUCAGGGUGCAAUUCUGCUUUUCCAGCGCACGGAAAACCAGUUGUGCUGCUGCUUCAGGAGCGGGGUAGGUGAGAAGCCCUCAAAAGGGUUACCUGGUCCAAGCAAGCUUAUUCCUGCCAACUUCUCUGUCCACACUGCAUAUGAGGGUUCAGACUGCCAUAAAGUUCCUGCUGUGGCAGAAGUGCCCAGGUGGCAUCACACAUAUUUUUUCAUGCUGGGCAAUGAGUAUUCAGGCUCAGAAGAAAUGCAUUUGCAUGAGUUUUCUGGGGGUUUAUUCCCAGUCUGUUGCACCCUGACACCACAGGCAGCUCCCAAGGAACAAUAUAAAUGUUACUGCAGCAUUCCAGACUUUGGAGACUGAGGUGCACACUUGAGGUAAUAACUGUUAUUUCACAGCAAGUGCACAUAAAAACAUGUUUUGCUAAGAAAAGCACCCAUAAAGUUCGCGUUAACAGUUUCCUAAACAGGAAACUCGCUGGCAAGGUGCUAAGUAGCCCUUGUUUGGUUAAGGGCCAAAGAAUGGAGAGCUUCAGAAAAGGAGCAAUUCACCGUGUUUGAACAUUAACUCUUAACUCUGUGCCAAAUUACACAGUCUUAACGUGGGAGGAACCUACCAGGAGAUAUUGAUGCAAAAAAGCAAAAUGUUUCCAACGAUACCUAAUUUCAGUCUCCUGGUAAGAGGAAAAGAGCUGACAGUUGACCUCAAAUUAUACCCUUUGGAAUGCUGUUGUUAAAUGUUAUGGUAACAUAUUGAAAUAUUAUUAGAAUUAAAACCAACACCUUGGAUCAGGGUGCUGCACAGAGCCACUCCAAGAACCCUGUGCAGGUGCUGCAGAGCUGGGGUUCCAUCAGACAGCUGGAGCUGAGCCUGAGCUCUUUGUACCCUGAACAUUAAACAAGAAGAAUCUCUUUAAAUAAGUUUAUGCAAUUUCUUUGCAUGGAUUUCUUUCACACUGGAGCAAAUGUGAAAAGAUUGACUAUGGCAGAGCAAUUUAAGAAAUUUAUCUAACAUUUCCUAAUUUGCUUAAUCAUUAAAGAAUGUUACUUUUCUGAUGGGCUCAGGGUAGGGUUUGUUUUCCUUUAACUUUUUUUGAGUUUUUUGAGAUUUUAUUCUUGUGCAUUCAUGUUCUCCAUUCCUUUACUUUCCACUCAGUGCUCCCCUUGAGUCUGCCCAUCCCAGAAAUGAAGCACCAGAGGCAGUGUUGCCAUUCCACCACAGGACAGCCAAGGGAGAAGCAGGCAGAGAACAGCAGGUCUUGCUUUAAACAAGGACCUCCAAGGAACCAAAGCAAGGAAUCAACACUUAAUAACAAAGGUAAACAGUCAUUUUAUUUUAAACCCUUCUUUUGACACAAUUCAUCUUGCUCCAUCAUCAUGGGAAAUUUGUUAUUCUCAGCUCAUUGAAGAUCUUGGAGGUUAGAGGUGAUGCCUCGCUGCUACACAGCAAACAUUUUCAAGUGCCUCCUCUACAUUAUUGCUUUAUAUCUCAAGGAGAAAAUUUAAAAAAAGCUUAUCCAAAUUGCCUGGGGCAGGAAACCAGCAUCCCCCUGCUGCACCCACAUCAAGCUAUGACCAGAGCAGUGGCUCCAAGGCUUUACCUGCACAUGCAUCCUAAAAUCAUAUAAAAAUGUCAAUUGAACCUGGUCAUUUGCCUUUCAGGACCAGCUGUCCCAGAAGAGAGGAUGCUCUGAAUAAUGGGGCAAUGAACCUUUAAAGCAAGCAAACAGCUCUAAGAGAGCCCACUGUCCUCCUCCUGGCUGUGUGUGCUUGCUCCAGACAGAGCCCAGCAGGGCUGGAGAGCACACACAGCUCGGCAGGGACACAGCUCUGCAGCCCUAAACCACAGGAUAACUGUUACAGACCCACCCUGCAACCAGGGGCUCCUGGAGAUGUGUCCUCCCUCUCUGAGGGGACACACAACAGCAGGACAUUGCGUGUGACCACAAGGAAGCCCUCGCACUGCUCUGAGCCCCGACUGGAAAUGCCAAUCUCACAAUUUCCACCCUGCACUCCAGUGCCCAGGAAAAAGCAAGUAUAAAAGCCACCGUUUGGGAGGAGAAAAUAGAUUUUCUAGUUUCAUAACCACACACUGUCAAGCUGGAUUCCAAUUAAAUUUUUCUGUGCCCUAAGGCAAGUUUUGCUUUUUCCAGAAAUUUCUCUUGGCUUGAAGCACUUGCUCCUGUGCCCUGCUCCUGUGCUGUACUUCCUGACACUCGUGCUCCAGCUCCAGCAGUGCUCUCUGCACUUCUGCAGGGACCACAGUUGCCCACAGCUGUCACACAGAGCUCUGAGCUGCCCAAUCCCUCUCACCUCCAUGAAAGCCGGUGCUGACCAGCAUCCUCUAUUCAAACUCUGCGCAUUUUGCAUCUAAAAGUUCCUUUCAUGCAGAGAGAUUUAGCAGAAAAGUGGGAGCAGGCAGCACUCAGGCACUUCCAUCCGCGGCUCUGCGCUGCUUUUAACCCCAGCUGAGCAGAGCCGGCGCAGAUGUGGGGGAGCAGGGAGCUGCGAGUCCCUCCUGCUCCUUCUGUCCUGGGGACGAAGGACUCCUGCCGCUGGAUUUUUCCCCCCUCUAUCAGUGGUCCUUAACAUGAUCACAGCAUGCAGCACAAUGCUUUAAAACAGCAAAGCUUCUGGAAAACCCAAACAAAAGGAACGUCACCAGGUGACGUCAGCCUAUAUAGAGCCCUGUGUGGUCGCAGCGCAUAAGCAAAUCCAUUCUUGUACCGCUUCCCUGAAAAGCUUUUCAGUAAAUGCACUCAUGCUACUACAGGAGCUUCUCUCAGCAAUAAGCCACCCAUCUGCCAUCAACAAGUUAGGACUAAAAGAAGCCACAGCUGCAGAAAAGGAAAACGUGAGCUUCAAUUAACCAGCUGAGCAGCCACGGAGGAUGAAAACUUGUAUUAAGAUUUAAAAAUUGCAGACCUGUCAGAGGAGAUCAAGGCAGCAAUUUCAAAAGGAAUAUUCCAAGAGAGCAUCGUGGAUUUUGCACUAAUAUCAAAGGACACUAAACCCAGUCAAUUAUUCAAGGCUGUCUUACAUUAGAGCCUUUCACAGACUCACGGCGUUGAGUCUCAAACUACGACUGAAUGCACCCUCCAAUGUACUCAAAAGAAUGGGCUUACAUUUCAAGUGGCCAUUAGGGGCUCGUAUGCUGGCAGCACUAUAUGCAAUGAGUAUGGUUUUAAAAAUGCUGCCUGCCUUGGGCAUGGCUUGUCCACCAAAAUGUCGCUGUGAGAAGCUGCUCUUUUACUGUGACUCUCAGGGGUUUCACUCAGUGCCAAACACCACUGAAAAGGGCUCGCUAGGUUUGUCACUGAGGCACAAUUAUAUUUCUGAACUUGAAAGGGAUCAAUUUGCAAGCUUCAGUCAACUUACUUGGCUUCACUUAGAUCAUAAUCAAAUUGCAACAGUCAGAGAAGAUUCUUUUCAAGGACUGUAUAAACUUAAGGAAUUAGUCUUAAGUUCCAACAAAAUCUUUCAUUUGCCAAACACAACUUUUAGCCAGCUGCUUAACCUGCAGAAUUUGGACCUCUCUUUUAAUCAGUUAUCCUCUCUGCACCCCGAGCUCUUCUACGGCCUUCGCAAGCUACAGACCUUGCACUUGCGAUCCAACUCCCUGCGGACCAUCCCGGUCCGCCUGUUCUGGGACUGUCGUAGCCUGGAAUUCCUGGAUUUGAGCACAAACCGCUUGCGAAGUUUGGCUCGCAAUGGAUUUGCGGGAUUAAUCAAGCUGAGGGAGCUUCACCUAGAGCACAACCAGCUGACAAAGAUUAAUUUUGCUCACUUCCUCCGGCUGAGCAGCCUGCACACGCUCUUCUUGCAGUGGAACAAAAUUAGCAACUUGACAUGUGGGAUGGAGUGGACCUGGGGCACCUUAGCAAAGCUCGAUUUGACUGGAAACGAAAUCAAAGCCAUCGACCUCACCGUCUUUGAAACUAUGCCUAACCUUAAAACCCUCCUCAUGGAUAACAACAAGCUCACCACUCUGGAUUCCAAGAUCCUGAGCUCUCUGACAUCCCUGACCACCGUGGGCCUCUCUGGCAAUCUGUGGGAAUGCAGCCCAAAGAUCUGCGCUUUGGCCACAUGGUUGAGUGGCUUCCAAGGUCGGUGGGAGCACUCCAUCCUCUGCCACAGCCCCGACCACACCCAGGGAGAGGAUAUUCUGGAUGCAGUGUAUGGUUUUCAGCUUUGCUGGAAUUUAUCAACUGUGGUUACCCCUGUGGCUACGACAUCGUACACAGCUCCAACUACCGAGUACACGAAAAGAAUAAGCUCUUCUCAUUUCCAUGUCGGAGACAAAGAGAUUCCAACUACGGCAGGCAUGGUCGUUACCACUGAAGAACAGUUCCCUGAGCCAAACAAUGCCAUCUUCACUCAGAGGGUAAUUACGGGAACAAUGGCUUUACUGUUUUCUUUCUUUUUUAUCAUUUUUAUAGUGUUCAUCUCCAGGAAGUGCUGCCCUCCCACACUAAGAAGAAUUAGGCAGUGCUCAAUGAUUCAAAACCACAGGCAGCUCCGAUCCCAAACGCGGCUGCAUAUGACCAAUAUGUCAGACCAAGGACCCUAUAACGAGUAUGAACCCACCCACGAAGGACCCUUCAUCAUCAUCAAUGGCUAUGGACAGUGCAAGUGCCAGCAGCUGCCCUAUAAAGAAUGUGAAGUAUAAUACCUACAACCCAUCACAAAGUAAAUCAGAUAAGUAACCUACUUUAAAAUUGUAGGGACCUACAUGAGAGUCUAAUUUUUACAAAUGUUGACAUAAAGCCUAAUUUUCCAAGCUACUUAAUGGAAACAUUGUUUAUGGAGUGGUGCAGUAUUUUUAAGUUUUUUAAAAAAUAAAUCCAUAAUAUUUUCAGUGUUAAAGAAGCAAUGAUUACAUUCAACUUGCACUCCUAAUGUUUAAAAGUCUAAAGAGAUGCUCACCUCAAACUACGUAAAAUGUUUCAUGUUAUGUAAUUAUAUGACUGUGUGUAAACAUUUAUACCUGAGUCUCCAUAUUCUACUUUUUCUACUGCAAACAGUCUUAGGGGAAGGAGACUGGAUAUCUGUGCAGGGAUCUGUGGGGGACGUGUGCUCUGUUUGUUCCACUGCAGCUGGAGGAUCCCAAACACUGCACCUGGCUCCGGGCACUUUAAGGGCAGCCCAGGAGGAAGAUUUUCCUCCUCUGAGCAUUUCGCUCCAGUAAGAGAAGGGAGGGAAAACAAAAGGAAAAAAAAAAAAAAAGAGCAACAAAGGUCCACGUGGGAAUUUCAGUGCAUUGGGGUGAAUUUAUCUGAAAUAGUUUUGCUCUGUGCAUGUUCAUGGCUCAGCUUGCUGAAAGGGACAGCAGGCACAGGAAGGAGCAGCUCACCCAGGCACACACACACACACACACGGGCACACAGCCCCCGGCAGGAUGGGCACACGCACACACACACACACAAGCAGGAUGGGCACACACACACAAGAGGAGGAUGGGCAGGACAGGCACACACAGAGCUCCAGGCAGGAUGGGCACACACAGAUGGGCACUUGGCCCCAGGCAGGAUGGGCACACACACAUACAGUCCCAAGCAGGAUGGGCACACACCCCUCCAGGAGCAGGACAGCCCUCCGUGUGUCCCCAGACUGGCACUGCAGCCUCUUUAGGGAGGCUCAGCACGCUGGGAUCAUUGGAAAUAUUAAGUACAUUCAGUCCUCGGCUCCCUGGUUUCACUUGAUGAUGCUUUUCAUGAAUUCAGGCUAAUUACUUAAUGAUGAUGAACAAACAGCAUUUCAGCACCUUUUCAUGUGUAAAUACUCUUAAUGCAAGGUUCUCUUAAUUAAAAGCAAAUAUCAACAGCAAGGUUAAGGAGAAGAGGGAAGGAAGAAAGGAAGGAAGGAAGAAGCCUCUCUUUGUCCCCCUGCUGCCCCCCCCCAGCUGAGGCUUCCUCUGGCUGGGAAGCUAUUUUCAUGCACUAACUCCACUGGUUUCUCUGGAGACAGAAUUAGCCCCUGUAAUAUAAGCUCUCACUUGUCCUCCUCUUCCAAAAUUCAAGAUAAAAAAAGACCCCUUCUGAUAAGUUAGGAGAAAAUGAUUAGUUUAUAGAGUAGUUCACUGAAAAAUGUUUUGUUUCUUACUCGAUAUGGGACAGAAUCUAAACUAGUAUGACUUUUUUAAAAAUCAUAUAUAAAUAUAUAUACACAUACACCUCAUUCUAAGGGGUAAUUUGGUUUCUUUAGCCAGAAGUACCAUAUUGCUAUUUAUACUCUAUUAUGGAAUUCUAUGUAAAUAUUUGCAGAUCUAUGCAGUGACGGUGGUACUCAGAUGCCACAAGGGUGGGAGGGUGGGGGGUCUGCAAAGGAUUACAUUAUUUUUAAGUCAACUGCUCAAACAUUCUAACCAAAGCUAAAAGAUUCAGAAGGAUGGAGAAUUAUUUUAUAUAUAUAUAUAUACAUGUAUGUAUAACUAAAAAUGUGUUGUAUCCAAUGCUGCAGUGUUAAACAAUUACCAGCACACCCCGAUGAAGAAAUGAAUUUCCUCACAGUGUUGCCAUACUUUGACCAAAUCCAUAAUUACAGUAUGCUAAUUGUGAUGUACUAAACUAUCCUGCAAACUUUUUAAACAGAAAAACCACUGCACAAAAAUCCGUUUGCUAUUUCACUCUGCUUUUCUCUCUGUAUUACCACUUAGUCAGGUAUUUAGGAUGCAAUUAUACAACAGUUUGAUGUUUUCUUGUGAGAUGAAUUCGUCCAAAGCAAUUAUAGCAAGAUAAGUAACUUCUCAUAAGAUUUUACAUAAAGGUUUUUCAAUUGCUGGUUUUGAAGAUAUUAAUUCACAUCAUUUUACUUUUACAUACAGUGCCCUUAAUAUAAAACCAGUAUUUUGUUUACUUCCCCUGACUCUGUACUUUAAUGGAAGAGAUGAUCCAGUGAAGCCUAAUGGAUUUCCAUAGAGAUAUCUUUGAACUCUUGUUACUGUUAAUACUAAGAUGAGUCCAUUUACACCUGUUCUGGGAAAUUAAUCACUGCUUUUAACCGACUACAAAAAAUCCUGUGGGGUAGGUGGACAAAGAGCAGAUAUUCUGGAUGAUUAAAUCCCAUGUGAGGCAGCAGGCCAGAGCUAAGCUGAGAAAUACAAACCCAUAUUGGUCCCCAGGGGUAUUUAGCUACUGUAGGAAGAUUUGCUUUGGUCCUUCCCAUAACUAAGUUCUCACAGCUCUCCCAAGGUCCAGGAUGCUGCUCUAGGAGCAGGUGAGUGAGCACUGAGUGGGCAUCACUGUCCCUUACCCUGCAGUGGUUGGCACAGGCCAGCUCUAGGAGCCUGGGGAGGAGACACUUGGGGAUGACUUCCACCUACAGCUGCAGGGUACCAGCACAAAGUCAUCACUGAGCUUGUUAAUUAUUUGGGCAACCAAAUAAUCUGGCUGUGCUGCCAUCCCCAGUCAGAUGUCACCACUGAACUCUGACAGCCUCAGCUGUGUCUGCAGGAAGCAAUCCCAGAAACCCUGGCUGUCAGACAGUUCAAGGGGUACCACCUCAGUCUUCCACACAGGAACAAGAAGUGGCUGCUUGAUAAGGAGCUGAGGUUCCUCCAGAGAAGGUGCUUUCCCAACAGCCCAGCUCUGUCACACUCCAUCUUUAUGAGCUUUUAAUUCCACCCAGGAAAAGCAAAGACAGAUCCUCCAGCAAUGCUGCAUUUAACCCUCUUCUCCAUCCCUGCCACUCAUGGUGAUUUUCCAAGCAUUAAAGCACUGUUCUAGUGCCUGUCCAAGCACACCCACCCAGGCACCCAAGUUUCCACUGGUCCUGAGGUGCUUGGCCUGCAGACAGCAGAGCAGGAGGCCAGCAGGCACAGCCCAGCACUGCUUCCAUUCCUCCUCUACUCCACAGCCAGUCUCCCAAAUGCUGUGGUUUACGUGUUAUUUCCAAGCCCAUUUGUUGCCAGGUUCCAGGCAUAAGCAAAGCAAUUCAGCAAACAUUACAUUUAGGGUAACAGGUAUCAUAAAACUCGCAGAAUGUCAAACAGCAGCAGUGAAGUCAACUUGAAUUCCCUGCAGAGGGACAGCGAGCACCAGGCAGAGCCAUCGUUCUGCACAAGGACACAGCCAGAGGCUGUUAAUAUUUUUUUAUUUUAAAGUUACUGUCUUCCAUUUGCUUGUGACUCUUCCAGGCAAGGAGGGGAUUGGAAUAAUUGUGCUACUCAGCAGUCCCUGAUUUAUUUUGUUGAUGGAACAAGAACCACAAUGAUUUGGUUUAAAUUAAUCGUAUUUCAGUACGAGCACUGGCUGAUGACAGGAGCUUGUUAACCUGCUCUCCCCAAACACCAUCUCUGCUGCACAGCCUCAGUUUGUACAGAUCCUACACCGCUUACAGGUGCUUCUACACCUCCAGGCACAACCUCAGAGGUCUUUGGGUCUUUUAGAAACAGAAUUUCUUGUACUGCCCUUGAGGUUCUCAUCCCAUCCAAAGACCUCCAUCGUAGUUGAUAUCCAGGCAGCUUCCCCUGCUCCUCACCCUCAUGUCAGUGAAAUGGAAACCCAGCAGCACAAGUUAGGGUUUUGAGUCAUUCUCCUGGAACAGGCUGAAUUAAUGCUCCCAGUUAGUCUCUCUGCAUUAGAUCAUUGUUUAAAUGCAUACAAGUAAAAAUGACUCGAUGAAGGGUGAAAUGGGUGAGUGUUCAGUCUUCAGCUGAAGUAGUCCUCUGCACUGAGCUCCCAUUCCCUAUCAGAUGGAAACAUAAUGAAUGCUGCUUCAUCGGUGUUUGAUUUUGUUUGUUUCUCCCCCAAGCAGCAAUGAUCCGAUUUUUCAGUGAUCAGCCACAUGCAAAUCUGAGCUUCUGUCCCAUUACCCCCUUACAAGACAGGGGCCUAUUGCUACCUUGUAAAAUCAGAAACAUCCCGUGGCUUUAAACCAGAAAUCUGCACUACACGCUUAUUUUUAAUGUGUCUAAGAUAAUUUCUGUACUACUUUAAUGGAAAUAAAGUUGAUUUAAUUUUGUGAUCUGUGUAGCUAUCAAAAUCCAUCUGUUCAGACCUAUGAAACUUACCCAGGAGCUGAAUUUCAUCUUUCUUAUGAAGUUUUCCAUAAAAAUUAGACAAGUUCAGAAAGUUCAGAGGGGGAUACAGUAUUUCUUCCCCCCCCCCCCAAGGAACAAGCAAGGAAACAACAGAAACCAAAGGCAGCAGCUCCUCCCUCCCCACACCUUCCUCCACUGCAAAUGUCCCAGAUGCUAAAAUUGGUGCUCGGCUUUGCUUUUUAAGGCACCACGUUAGCAGGAUGCUUAGAGAUAAUUUCAGAAUCAGCUGGAAACUCAGCAUUUCACAUCUUGUGUAAAAAUCUGCCUUGUGAGAGGCGUCUAGGGAAAGGUACCAGAUACCAGAAGCUUUGAGGGGUAUAGUCAGCCUCAGAUGAGGUGAAACAGCGUUGAACACCCCUGUGUAAACACCAAGAAGCUAUGCCUGCCAUCUCCCAACCACUCCUUUGUAAAAAGCCAAACAAAAGCCACCCCAUUUUUCUUUUUACUAAUGAAAACACUAGUAAGUGAACUAUUCUACCUGCUUAGCAACCCAAGAUUACAGAGAGUCCUAGAUGCAUUGUGUUUAAAUUAUGGUUCAAGAGCCAACUUCUGGUGGGAGGGGGUGUGAGUAAUGGAGGAAAACAAGUGCAGUGUACAGAAGCAUUUUGUUAUUAAAAUUGUGUAUACUGUAAAACUGAAUUUGCCUCUUUCUUCCUCCCUUUUCAAGCAGAGGUGCCAAAAGCUCAGUCUUUCAUGGUAUGUUAAAAGCAGUCUGCACCCACUGUCCCAAGCAGAAGAGUCAGGUUUGGGCCAUUUGCCAGAGUCACAGCAAAUCCAGCCCCUUCUGUUGUACCACAGUGAGCAAAAUAUAACAUUCUGCUGUACCACAGUGAGCAAGGUUGCAGGGGCUCUUCCCAAACCAAGUGUCUCCUGACUAACAAAAACUGAAUGAAAAUCAAACCAAAUCCAAACUCCCAGCCCUUGAAUAGCUGCAUCAGGAUCAGCACAGGCCUGGCCCAACCUGGCUUUGCCCCUGUGUGUUUCCUGGAUCCCCAGGUCACUGUGCCAGCCAGGAGCUGGCAUUUCCAAUGGGAACACCCUGCCAGCAGCGUGGCAAGGACAAACAGCCCAUAAGGUUCAGAGGUGUCACACAGUGAGACAUCCCAUCAGGAGUCACAGCCCUCCAGGAAGGGUCCCAAAACCACUCCUGGUAAAGGAAGUGUUCUUUACAUGAGCUACCACAGCCAACACAGCCACAUUGAACUCACAUUCAGAGCCACUGUGCCUCUAUCACAGGAAGGAUUUCUGGGUUUGAGAAGUGACAAGCUCACAGAUACAGCCCAAAAGCCAUGAUAGAGAACUGAACAAAAGUUUCAGGAUGUUCCAAGAUGAUUACAUGCACCGAACCACCAGCUAAAAUCAUUUUAGUAACUAAGCCGUAGCUGCAUUUACUUUUUUAUCAAAAGGUUUGGCUGGAACAAGUUCUCAAGGGUUUUAAAUGUCAGUUGGCAAACUGCCUCUCAAAUCCUUCUAAUACUUCAAAGCAGCACACGAUAUAUCUAUUUUCUUAAACUCUCAGAGACUAAUUUUACAAGCAAAAUCAUCUCUCAACUACAAAUCCAGUUGUUCUCACAAGUAAAGGUAACAAACCUCAGAGAAAAAACAGUAUUCUGAAUACAUUAUGCAAAACUUUUAAAUCCAAUUAGGAACAAAGAAAUGUCAACAUCACUAGCAACUUACUUUUAAAUGUAGGCUCUGUUAAGACAACUGCAAAAAAAUUGAGAUUCAAGAAUUUGACUGGAGUGGAUUGCACAAAUGAACUGAAAACUGCAGCACUGGGAAACGCUGGCUCCCUCCUGCAGUGAAUGUCCAGCUAAGGGACAGGAUUUAGUGAGAGUGUUCACCCACCACAAAACCCUGAUUGCAGUAUUUUCUGUAAUCUGUUCUUAAGGAAAAGCUUUACAAAAUCAUUGUUACCUAAUCAACAAUUUCAUUACCAUGAAGAUUUUAGGAAAUUUUAUUAUAAUGAAGUAAAGCUCUAUUUGCCAUAUUUGACAUAGGAUUCACAUGCUCUGGGUCUUAUUUUGUGAGAAAUUUUUUUACAGUGAGGGUAGUGAAGCCCUGUGACAAGUUACCCAGAGAGGUGGGGGAUGCCUCUUCCGUGGAAACAUUCCAGGCCAAGAUGGACAGGGCUGUGGGUGACCUGAUCUACUUGAAGCUACUUAUUGCAGGGGGCUGGACUAGGAUGAUUUUAAAGGUCCCUUCUCACUCAAACCAUUCUGUGAUUCUAUAAAACAAAAAAAUGACAAGUGUCUCAUUCGCACAAUCCCGUGUUUGUCUCUGUGAUGCACAGCUCCAGAGGUUUGGCUGCCAAGGGCAUUGAGCAAACUAUUCUGGGCUAACAAGUAACCAAACCCUGAUUUCAGCUCUUCAGCUGGUUUUAAUCCACAAGGUCUAUAAUUUGACUUUUUCUUCUAAGUUUUCUAAAAGGACAAAAGUUAAACACAUGCAAAAAUCAUUUAGGCAUAAAAACCAGGAGCAAGAAGCUGAACCAAGACCAGAGGGAAACAUCCCUUGAGUCAAACCCAAUUUCUUCUCCCCAGUAUGUAACACAAACACUUGCGGUAUGCACACACAAGCGAAAUGAAAGGGUAUUGAUGUUUAAAUGAAGUAAUCAAUCUUUCUUUUAUAAAACCAAGGUAUUUCUUUUAGAUGCCACGGAAGUAACUUCCCUGUUAUCCCCAGCAGACUCUCCUCCUUGUACACUGAACACUCAAGCAAACUGGACACAGAGGAGGUGCUGGUUUUCCUUCCACCCCUCCCUACCCGACAGCGCGGGCAGUGCAGCCACUGACAGAGGUGCAUCAUACUUUGCACCAGUUAAAAAAACCAGCCAUAUUUCACGAGAAGUCUUGGAGUAAGUGGAAAAGGUUCAUCCAUCAAGAAGGUUCUUAAAUAAUGAAUGAGUCAUAAUUCUUUACAGUCAAAAGCAAUUAAUUUUCUGUAUUGUAAUCAGGAGAAUAAAUCUAAAAAAUCCAUUCCAAUGGCUCUGAAUCUGAAGUAGUGUUGCAGCUGAAUUUUUAAUUUUAAAAUACAGAAGCAGUGAGGACUUCUGCUGUUUAAACAUACAAUGUUCUACCAAACAGAACAGCUUUACUGCAUAUUUAAUAGGUAGAACGGGUUUUGUGAGACCACAUGAGAUUAAAGACAGCAUUAGAUACAGGAAAUGCAUUUCAAGCAGAAAGGUCUUUCCAAGAUACCUCUUAACUGCAUAGCCACUAAAUACUUGAAAUAUCCUUUAUGAAGUGUACAAAAUAUUCAGAAAAUCUUGCUGCAAUAAGUAGGUUUACUUAUAUGUUUGCAAAGAGCUAAAAAUAUUGAGUAGUGUGUUGAUGUGGAAUCCAGCUCAACCCUACAGCAACUGUUCCUAUUAGGAAGCAUUUGCUCUUUUCCUACUAACUCUUGAAUAAUCCAUCACAUAUCCAGAACCUCUGCCUCUAAAGCCAUGUGCUGUUAGCUGGUGUUAGCUAUCAAUUUCUGCCCUCAAAUGGAUUGCUUCAACCCUAACACCACUUUAAGUUUGAAUUCUUUUAGAGAACAAACCUGUAAAAUUAAUAGAGCUCUUAGUAAAGCUAACAACACCACAGUCUGCUGAGGAGUGAGAACAUGGGAAAGGGAGAGGGACACAAGGCUACAAGGGCAGUUCCAUCACUGAAGGCACCAUGCAGCACUUAAAUGGGGGAAAAACAUAUUCCCUGCACUGCAGCCACUCUCAGCAGCUUUGCUAACAACCUCUGCUUUGAGGAAGGCAAAUUUCAGCUGUCCAGGCAGCCCAGCUGCUGAAGAGGGGGGUCGUGCACUGAACAUCCUCAGCACACACCUAUCAAAGGUGUGAGUGAGGAACAAACCCCCAAGUUGGGAAAACCACCCAGCAGGGCCAUGCUGCAAGCCCCCAGGUCUAAGCACACAGCUCUGACUUAAAGAGCAAAAGAUAUUAAAGCACCAUCUCUGCUGUCCUCGGGAGAAGACAACAUGCUCCAGUAAAGACCUGGAACUACUUAUUGAUCCCAUCCAGCCCUGAAGCACAACAUCCCCACACAAACAGCAACAGCUGCUUGAAAUUCUGCCUGAAAAAUUUAAAGGUUAAAGAACUCCUCCCCAAGCUUUCCCAGAUAGUCCUGAAGAUGGAAAUAGCUGGAAAUAGAUGGAAUUGCUUCCAGGUAGGACAAACACUGAGCUCAGCACCCAGGGGAGCAGCAGGCCACUGCAAGGCUGACAAGAGCACCGGCAGCCAAGCUGGGGAGCUCCUAAUGACAGCUGGAAGCUCUCUGGGCAGCAAGGGUGCAUCUGCAGGGUCCGGGCCUUCAAGAAUUCCACAGCCACAGGGCAGGCAGGCAGAGAAAGACAUCUCUAGUUUAUAUUCUUGUCUGUGGAUGACCAGCUUAGUUCUGGGACAUCCAUUAGCAGCACGGCAGCUGUGGAGCUCGGAAGUGAGGGAGCUGUAUCUUCUGAUGCUUUCUGCCUGCAGUUGGCAUCCAGAAACUUCCAAAAAGGCUAAAGUUAGACAUCUGAUUGGGAUUAACCAGGACAAAAAACCAAAACCAAAUGAAAAUGAAACCAAAAUAAACAAACCAACCCAGUGAGCUUUGGCAGGUACUGCAUCUUUAACAUGACACUACACUCCUUAACAGAACAAAAAUGAGAUACUUCUGACAAGUUCCCAGAGUCUCUGGUGACUUCUAGGAGACGCCUGUUCACCCUCUACUGAACUUUCAGGAGUUGUCUGUUCACCCUUGUCCUGGGUAUGCCAAACCAGGAGAACGCUUUACUGAAUCUACAAAGCAUCAGCCUCAAUGUCUCACGUGCAAUGAGCUCUUGCCAGGCAUUCCUCCCUGCCAGUGAGUCCGUAGUCCCUGCCAGAGCAAGUCUCUAGACCAGCUACAAUACCACCCACAGUUAAACUCAGCAAACACCCAGAGAGCUCCCUUUGUAACAACACAACGGCAUCAGGACUAAGGAAUUCCAGUUAUUUACAGACCACUCAGAAUACCCUCAGUGCUGGGAGCUGCCGAACAAACUGCAGUGCCUCUUCCACGCCAAGUUUGGGAUUAGUCAGCAGUGUAAAUAUUUGUUGACAAAUUUGAAUCUUGGAUAAAACCAUUGCUUUGUUCCACACCCAACAGGUGUUUCUGGAAUGAAUUCCAAGCCCUUGACCCCCUGCUGCAGAGCUGUCCCCUCCCAGCAGAGCCCAGUCCAGCAGCAGCAGCUCCUGAGCACACAGUGCUGGCACAGCAGUGGGAUCACUGCUGGAGCUGGAGCUGUGGGCCAUGAGUGCUCCACACCUUCCCUAGCCCCUCCUGUCUGACAGCACACCUUCAAACACAGGGACAAAUGGAAACACAGACAAAGAAGAGGCUGACUCCACUGCACCCAGCAGAUAAAUCCCAGGGAUAUUGUCCCUUCAUACCUAGAGCUGUCUAUGGACAACAAUUAACUUGACAAAGGGUGCCAGGAGAACGUCCAGACACACAUGAAAAAGGUUUAUGCCACAUUCAAAUGAGCUGAUGCCACCCAGCUGCAGACUGCUUCUUUCUUCUUAGUGGGUACUCCAUCAUUUGAAUAUGCCCCAAUAAAGCUGCAUCAUCAAGAGAGGAACUUUCUGACACAUACUUUUACUGUCCAUUUAUUCAAAACCAGUAGCCAUCAUCAGGCAAAUUAAUAAGUGAUCAUCAGCUUCAGAAAGCAAUUUCAAUUGUUCAUGCAAACAUAGCUCCAUUAUAGGAAGCAGCUCACUGCCAGUACCCCAACCUCAGGUUGUGCUUGCACAGUCAACAACAAAAGCCAGUCCCAUCCUGCCUGGCCAUCAGGCACCCAUGGGAAGUAGGAAAAUACCAGGAGACCACUCCAAAAAUAUGAGCUUAUGCAAAUAACAAAACAACCUAACCACCCUAUCCCUCUAAAGCAUUAAUUAUGCACACACAUGCAGGUAAUGAAAUAUAUAUAAAAUAGAGACAUUUCAGGUGGAUUGCCUGUGUCACAUUAUGAAAUACAUGCAAUCAGUGAUCCUGGGGAACUAACCGAUAUGAAUCAAAAAAUAUUUAAAAGUCGAAAGUUUACUCAUGGAAGGAAUUCUAAAGGGGUUUUUUAUAAUUACUCCAUCCUGUUUGCUACAUUUGCUUAUGCAAGAGAAGUGUUUUUAACUACUGACAGGACUAGGAUUAAAUGACAAGUCCACAUACUUGAUCCAGAUUGUUCAUAAGCACAAGGUGAAAAAUAUGAUAAAGAACAUGAACAGGUUUUAGUGAGCUGAGCCAGGAAAAAAAAUCAAACCCACAUUCCUUCUGAGCAGAAAAUAGGACUUUUUUGUGAUUAUUAAAAUAAUUUCUAUUGAGGCAAGUACACAGGCUGAUUUCCACUCUAACAAGUGUUUUGGUUACUUCUUUUUAUGUAAUGCAGUUAUAAUCAAGAGAGGCCUGCUUUACCUCUGUUAUGAAAAACUACUGUCUUCAAACCAAAUAUUUCAAGUUAGUAACAUACUUCCAGUCGCUUCACAAAUAUAAAAAAAACCCUCCAAAAGUCUUAUUUUCUCACAGGAGAGCUAUAAUUUGCAACUUCAGUCUUGCAGUCUGUUCCCUAAUGAAAAAGAAAAAUCAGGAGAGCACAUGGGUCUUCUCCACACUUCACAGCAUCUUUUAACUUUAAUGGCACUGACCAAAAGCUUCAGGACUGCUCCGGGCUAAAAACAAUUCCUAAUCCCUGUAAUCAGUCUGGAAUUCCCACUCAAGGGCAAAACUGGGAGCAGCUAAAAACACUGGGACUGGUUUGUAAGAAUUCGAAUCCUAAGAACAAGCAAAUGUAGCUGCCCCAGCCUUGGAAGCCCUGUCCAAGGCCAGGCUGGAAAUGAGGCUAAAAAGGAAGGAGUGUGCCCAGUGAGAACACUGACGUGGGAAGAACACAGAGAUGCUGCUCCCCCCACUGUAGGCAGACAAAGCUCAGCUGGAGCUGCCAGAACUGGGGAAUAAUAACAAUUUACAAAGGUAUUACUGGCAAAAGGCAGUGUAAAAAUGACUUCAGUGUGUUCCAGGAUGAGGAUGAUCACCUCACAGACAGGGACAGGGAAAGGCAGAUUUAAUGCAUUCUUUGCCUCUGUCUUCAACAUGGAUCAUGGACCAAGGGGGUCCCAGUGCCCUGAGCUGGAGGACCAUGACUGUGACAAUGAUCAGCUCCCAGGUGACCCUGAAAUCGUGCAGGAUCUGCUGCUCCAGCUGAAUCCCUACAAACCUAUGGGGGCCUGAUGGGAUUCAUCCAAGAAUCCUCAAAGAGCUGCUGAUAUCAUCACAAAGCCUCCCUUGAUGAUUUUUGAGUGGUGUUGGGAAUCUGGAGAGGUCCCAGCUGACUGGAAGCUGGGGAACAUUGCUCUGAUUUUCAAGAAGGGCAAGGAGGAGGACCCCGGAAACCACAGGCCUGUCAGUCUCACUUCAGUGCUGGAUAAAGUUAUGGAGCUUAUUCUGGGAGGUGUUUUUCACAUCAGGCAUCAGCCACAACCAGCACAGCUACAGGAGGGAAAGUCCUGCUUGUCAAACCUGAUUUCCUUCUGCAACAGGGGAUCCCACCUGGUUGAUCAAGAAAAGCCACCCGAUGUGAGCUUUUUGGACUUCAGGCUCAGGCUGGAUCUCAGGGAGAGGUUCUUCCCCCAGAGGGUGCUGGACACUGCCCAGGCUCCCCAGGGAAUGGGCACGGCCCCGAGGCUGUCCGAGCUCCAGGAGCCUUUGGACAGCGCUGCCAGGGAUGCCCAGGGGGAAUUGCUGGGGUGUCUGGGCUGAAAUCCUUGUGGGUUCUUCCAAACCAGCAUAUUCUAUGAUCCUGUAAGUCUUCUUUUAAGUGAUGGUGAAAUCAAACCUUUAAAGUUACUGUCUAGUGCUAUCAAUGUAUUAAUUCUUGACGGGAAAAACCAUUAUUGCAACAGAAAAAGGAAUUUUUUUUACUAUUAUUUGCACCUGUGGUGUGGAGGAAGAAGGGAAGGGAUGAAGAGAGGCAUUUGUCAGGUCUGAAAAACAACAGAUUCUCAAACAUUUUGUACUACUUUUAUACCACUUCUAGGUAACAGGUCUAUCUACCAGUGUUCUCUUAAGGCUUAUUCUUAUAUCUAGCAAGUUAAUAGCAUAUGUUUUAUGAUACACAGGAUAUUAAUAGCAUAUGUUUUAUGAUAUAUAGCACGAAGGUUCUACACCUCUGCAGCACAUUUCUAACACUGAAGCAAAAAUAUCUAUUUUUAAGAUCAGUAAUGGUAGGAAAGUGCCAGGGUGCCAAGAAAGUCAUCGUGUAACAACAUACAUCUUUUCCCUAAAAGCGCAAAAGAAAACCCGAAUUGGGAAUACAUCACAUGCUAAACCUGAUUUUUCAUGGAAUCGAGUUUCCCCAGCUUCUAUCACAUCAUGAUCCUGGGGCUCUACAAGCCAGACCAGACCCAGCAUUAACCAAGCAAUAGUACCUGAAACCCUUUGCAAGAUGGCUCAGGUUUCUAUUUCUUGUUACCCUGCAGGUGUUAGCUGAGCUCAGAGGCAGCUGCAGGCUCUGACUGCCCUGGUGCAGAGUGGCAGGCCCCCCUUCCAGCAGCAUGCUCAGGUCACAGAAUAUCCUGAGCUGGAAGGGGACCACAAGGAUCAAACUCCCAAGGGAACGGCCCACACAGGGAUGGAGUCCCAUACUUUGGGGUUAUUAACAGCGUGCUCUGACUCCCUGAGCCCAUCUCAGAGUCACCCCCCACUCCACACCAGGGCAGUUCCUGCCUCCAUGUCACAGAGGCAGAGGAGUCAUGUCUCUAUCUCACCCAGCUCCAGAUGUAUAGGGGUUGCUCGGCAUCCUACUCCUGCAGUUUGCAAUUCCGUGCUCCUACCCCUCCCUGCUGUGAGCUGCCAGGGCUUAGGACUCCAGCACUCCCAACCAGGCUGCUCCUUCUCCUGGACCACAGCCCCCAGCUGCUCCCCAGCCCAGACAGGAGCACAAAAGCUGUGCUGGAAAAGGAGCAGGACAGCACCACGUCACAACAGCCCCCACAGGCCCUGAAGGGAUCACAACUGCUGAUAAAAGCUCAGUUUCAAACCUAGAGUUUAAACCUUCACGCAGCACCCAGAUCAAAAUAAUGCUAGAUUCCCCCAGCCAAGGGCAGCCAGGUGAGAUCUGACACAGGCUGCUGUGAGUGACAACCAGGAGCUCAAGGGGGGCUGCCCAAUAUUUUGUCAACGCUUCCAGCUGUUUCCUCCCGAGGGAUUUUGCUGAGUGACGACUGGUUAAGCUUGUCUACAGGUCAAUUCAUCUCACUUCCAGUAUGCCUGGUUAGAUGGGAGAAGCAGGAUGGAUGGGGGAAUGUCUCAGAAUACCAGAUCAGGGGGACAAGCCACUUCUAGCAGGGGCCACCAGAGAGCUGCUGGGGCUGGUGAGUGAUCUACUGCUGGAGCUGCUUUUUUACAGGCUUGGUUUUUCUUUUUUAUGUUAAUUAGCAACCUUAUCUAAGGAAUAUCUCAAGUUUUUCCUUUGCAGAUUGCAUGAAUUAAUAGAUAUAUCCAGAAGCAUGAAAAGUAGGCUGAAGUUUACACCUGCAGUAAUUGUAAAAGCCUUGAGAUAUUGUAGUUUUUAUCAAAUUUUACAUGUGUGCAAGAGGCUUUAGAAAUAGAACUAAAAUUGGGACAACACAGACCCCUGCAAAACUCAAAUUAAAAGGAGUGAGCCAAGGCAGCAUAUGUCCUUUCCAAGAGGAAGAGAAUGCAUUAUAAAUCUGGGAAUAAAGCCACCUAACUCCUGGCAAGACAGCUUGGAGAAACAGUUAAUAAAGCAAUCCUACCAAUACGGUCACAAGACAUUCAAAGUUAGAAUUAAUGUAUCCUUUUUUCAUUAUUAGAAAUAUAAACAGGUUUAAUUUGCAACAGAUUUAAAAGUGUUUCCUGUAGGGUGGGGGAUUGAGCAGCCUUAACCUGCAAUACACCAACAGAAAACGUAGGUAUGAAGUUGCCUUUGACAGGAAGCAAUAGGCAUUAGAAACCAGGAACAGCAGGAAAAGUGACUAAUUGUCAAGAACCUCAAGCCUUGGCAGCAGCAAAAGCAGCAGAAUCUCCUCUCCAUCACAGAAUGGUCUGGGACGGAAGGGACCUUAAAGAUCACCUCAUUUCACCUCCCAUGGCAGGGACACCUUCCACUGUCCCAGACCCAAGCCCCAGUGUUCAACCUGGCCUCAUCCUGGAGCCUCCUCUGGCCUGGCUGCAGCAGCUCCAGCUCCUGCCUGUGCUGGGCCCAGGGCUGGGGCAGCUCUGCAGGGUCAGCAUCUGUGGAGUCAGGUGAAGUCCCUAAGAAGCCAAAAGGGCUCAGAAGCAGCCCUGGCUGCCCAGGAGGGAGAUCCCACGGAGGGCACUCAGACCAAGCCAACCUCAUCCCCAUCACCUCCAUUCACCCAGAGCCAGUGACUCCCCGGGCACCGUGGGGGACUGAAAAGCCUAGAAACAUGGUGUGCAUACCUUCAUUUCUCACAGAGGCAGCACCAAGCUAUUAUUUACUGAGCUAACUAAUUAGCCAGCCACCCUUGCAGAUAAUAAGAAUGCAUUAAAGUAUUUAGAAUUCCAGUACAAGCCUGACACAUACGAAGUGGCUGUCCUCCUUCAAAAGAAAAUGAAUGUCAAAGGAAAUAAGCCAUUUAGGAACACUCAGCACAUCUGAGGUGCAGGGGAAAGGCAGCAUCACCUCAGCAUCCAGGAAAGAAAAGGAAAACAAAGCAGAGUGCUAUGGGAUGCCGAGACAUUUCACACUUUUAUUGUAUCAGCUUCCACUUCUAAAGAGAUCAUUAGAUACACAAUUUGAAUUAGCAUGAAAUAGAUGAUAAAGUAACAGGUAUUAAAAAUGAACAGAAUGAAUACACAGAACUGCAAAAACUGGCACUGAAAAAGUGGGAGAUUGAAGGUACUUAAGCUGACAGUAAUCUGAAAAACCCAGCUGGUAAAUUCAGUUUUACACCAAGAAAUAAGUUGUUACUGAAUCUACACUUCUCUGCAGUCUAGCACUGAAAGCACCCUUCCCUGCACACAGGCACUGCUCCAGGAGUGGGUAAUAGAAUCAAAGUCAUAGAGCAAGUUCACACAAUGCAUAAAAUAAUCAAUCCACUGGAAAUAACACCAGGAAUACUCCCAGGGGAUACAAGUGCCCUGUGUACUUGAGGUAGUCCUGCUGUUACAAAAAGAGUUCCUCAAGUCCAGUUGAGGAUACCCAUAACUUGGGGGCAUGACAGAAACAGGUUUCCACAGCACUGUAAAACUGACCACAGAUAAAAAUUUAGAGGAAGUUUGGAGAAUUCAGCAUCUGCCACCAAAAAGGCAUUCUACAUUCUCUGUGAAAAUGCCUUCAUGAGAGCAUUGUGGGGGGUGUACAGGACAGGCAGAUUUGCAUGAUUACCACCUUUUUCUUUCCACACACAUUCCUGACAGGCUCUCCUCACUCUGCAGGUCCCUGAGCACCUGCACACAUGGGAGCAGCCCCUGGGGUGAGCACAGCUGUGAUUGACUGGGAUGGGGAGGAGCCCACCUCGCCUGUGGCUACCAGAGAGCCACACAUGCAAACCCACCCUCAAAGGAACAUCAACUUCAUGGCCGGGUGAAGUUGCCUUCCCCAAUGAAAGGGCCCUGCAGGAAGGAACAUCUUGUAGGCCAUUAGCUCCAAAGGGGUCACCUGCCCAGGCACAAGGGCUUUCAACUUCUUUCUCUUCAGUUAUUUCUGCAUUAACUUUUUGUUUUCUUGGCUUUUUUCAGUCCAGUGACCUCUAGAAUUUGGAUUCUUUGACUCCUGGAGAGAUGCCCAAAAAACUCAUUCUGCC